UGUCUGUAUUGAAAUAGAAACAGAAACAGAAAAUAGAAAACAAGUUAAUGUAAAUAACUUAUUUUCAUGCGUAAAUUUGCUUAGUAACAAUUCAAAAAACCAACAUGUCUGCACGCAUGCUUAAGAAGAUGCAAGGUGGCUCAGAUAUUCUAGCUGCGCCGCCAGAUGAUGACCUAGACAACGACCAUCUAACUGACAAUGACGAACUAGACACGGUUCGAGGAAAAUCGCAUUUAAAUCCAUUUGAUUUGCUCAACCAACAGAGUCUCUCCGAGAGCGAGUUUAAGGAGGAUGACAACGAGACGGAGCAUCCAUCGGCAGCAAUUCAGUCAAAUUCCGCUGCCAAAAAGAAGAAGAAGAAACGCAAGAAGAAGGUCAAAUCGCAAGGCAAUCACAUCAGCAGCGAGGAUAACGAACGCCAAGAUAAAUACUUUGCCAAGGUAGAUCCACUGCUGGGCAAAGUCUACGAUGCUGUGCCCAAACAAUUGGAGAAGACCACAUCAGCAGCAGCAGGAGCUGCAGGUGCAGUGAGUGGCCAGCUGGCAAGCAAGAAACUGUUGACGGUGGAACUGAAACACCUGAAUCAACAAAACGAGAUGCGACGCACGUUUGGCAAGCGCGUUGUCAAAGUCGAAAAUAAGCGCGGUCGCCAGAAGCCCACACUGAAAUCCACCUACAUGGUAACUGCCAAGGAUUCAUGGCCACCAUUGACCAAGAAUAUUAUCACCAUGAAGUUGUUGCCCACACCCAACACACCUGGCACUUCCACGAUUCCCAACAUUCAGAUAAACGACGAUGAGAAUGUGCAAUGGUUUAGCUUCCAGCACAGCCAGUACUAUCAGGGUGUGCAGCAUAUGUUUCUCUCUGCUCUGGAGCGCAUCGAUUCAGAGUUUUUGAUCACGUUGAUCAAACGUUGUCCCUACCACGUCGAUUCGCUUGUGCAGCUCAGCGAGGUGUGCAAAAUGACCGAGGAUUUUGCUCUGGCAUCGGAGCUGAUUGAGCGUGCAUUGCUGCUGCUGGAAUCGUCGGUGCACAUCAAUUUUAGCCUAACGUCGGGCAACUCGCGCCUGGACUAUCGACGACAGGAGAAUCGUGCGUUCUUCAUUGUGCUCUUCAAGCAUGCCCAAUAUUUGGAGGAGCGUGCCUGUUGCCGCACAGCAUUUGAGAUCUCAAAGCUGCUGUUGAGCCUGCAGCCGGACGUGGAUCCGUUAGCCAUGAUUCUUGUCGUCGAUUACUAUGCGCUGCGUAGCAAGCAAUUUGGCUGGCUGGUGGAAUUCUAUGAGCUGUACAAUGCCUCACGCAAUCUUGCCCAGCUGCCCAACAUGGCAUACUCUUAUGCCCUGGCCCUCUACACCCUGCACGGCAGCUGCGAGCGUGCCAAUGAUGCAUUGCAAUAUGCGUUGCUCAUGUUUCCGGGUGUCUUGCGCCCGCUGCUGGACGAGAUGUCCGUGCAUACGGAUAAGCGCGUCGUGGCUUCAUCAUAUUUCUUUACCGAUGUCUCGGGCAAUCAAUCGCCAGCUCUUAAUCAACUGGUUUGCUUGUAUGUGUGCCGCGCCAAGGUUGUUUGGCGGCAAAACGAUGUGCUCACUUGGCUGGAGAGCAAUGUUAAUAUUGUACUGGAUCGCAUUGACAGCAAGGAUCCGCUCGUCAGCGAUUACAAAGAGAAACGUUCACUGCGUUAUGGUGGCACACCACCGCGCCCCAUUUUGCGGCAUGUCAUCCUCUCCGAUUACAAGGAGAAGGUGCCGUUAGCCGUGUUUGUUUCGAAAGAAAAGCAAGCCAUCAUGACCUAUGAUCCACUGCCACCCGUAGACAGUGUCAAUUGCUAUCAACGCAAAUCCUCGUCGAGCAGCAGCCCAACCACAAACACGAACAACUCUGUAUCCAUGUUUUUCCAGUCGCUGUUACCCUCAUUCAAUCUGAACAUUGCGGCCGCCCAGCAGCAACAAGGGGAUGCGGCAGUCGAGGCUGGUGGAGCUGGGGCGGCAGCGGCUCCAAUGGUUUUAGGCAUCCCACCCCCACCACGCGAGGCCAACGGACAGGGCGAAGCUGAAGAAGCUGGCCUCCAGCAAUCGCUGACCCUGAUGAUGGAUGCCAUGCGCGAAUUUUUGACAAACUUCCGACUUGCCGAGCACCUGCGCUCCCCGGAAACAGCCGCUGCGCAGUCGAGCAGCAGUAACGAUGACGAAGAGGAAGGAUCCAGCGACUAUGUGGAUUAGAAAAGUCAAUUUCACUUAAUAUGUUUAUUAUAUUAUUAUAUAUAUACCCAGCACAGCCACUUAAAGACAA